AUGUCGGCGUCUCAACGAAAAACUCUGAGCAUUUCUGAACAGUUGGAGCUCAUCGACGAUGUCAAAGUGAAGAAACUCAAACUGGCCGCUGCAGCCAAAAAGUACGGAAUCGGUUAUUCAACAGCAGCAAAAAUUCUCAAGAAAGAAGACGAUCUCAGAUCUUGCAUGCAAAUGAACGGAAACACUAAUCGCAAACGAAAGCGCCAAUCCGUGCACAAGGACGUUAACGAAGCGCUUACACAAUGGUUUACGCAAGCAUGUGCUCAUGGAGCUACCGUCGUUAACGAAGCGCUUACACAAUGGUUUACGCAAGCAAGUGUUCAUGGAGCUACCGUCGCCGAUCACGUCAUCAGGCAGAAAGCAUCACAACUGGCCCUAAAUCUUGAAGUUGAUUUUGAACCGAGCAAUGGCUGGCUCAUGCGCUGGAAGCAGGCCAAUAACGUUUCGUUCAAAAAAUUCACGGCGAAUCAACGAAGGCCAUGCACAUGA